AUGCGAAACACAAAAGCAUUAAAUUCUACUGGUUUUUACGAAUGUACUGGACGAAAUCCGCGAAUAUGGGGAGAAAAUGGAGAUUGUGCUUGGACGGUUGGCUUUAUUUAUGGUGCAAUUUUUUCUGUGCUAUUGUUCAGCGUUCUUUUUUGUGCAUUGUGCUGCUUCUGUUACUCGACAAUAUUUGGGCAUAAAAAUUUCCAGCCAAGGCAUUGUACUCGAUCAUACUCGUUGGAAGAUUUGAAAAUAUCUGGUGUGAAUGAAUCGUUAGAAACAAAAGGCUCUGAACCGCCGUCUUAUUCUGGACGCUUUUCUAUCCCACGACCAGCCGUCUCAAAUGUUUUUCGUAGUCCUGCAUAUGCAGCAGAAUCUAAGCAAGCUACUGACACCAGAUAUUGCAAUAGUAAUCUUCGGGAACUACAACAACCAUUUUCAUAUCAGCACCUCGACAGCAAAGGGGGAGAUCUGUCUCGUAAGAGUCGGACGGUGAGUGAUGAGUUUGCAAAACGGCUAUCAUUAUUGCGCAGCAAAGCAAUGGAUAGUUCAUGGUUUUCAAAAAACCGAAAAUUUCCUUCAGCCAUAAUUAUACGUACAGAGGAGCCCGAACGUUCCGAACAGGCUAUAACUGUGGAAAUUGGUGAAGAAAAGACUGGUAAUAGUUUGUCGAAAAAAAGGUUUUACUACUGUGAUUCACCAGCUGAACACAACGGCCGCAAUAAAAGUCUUCCAAUAGUUACGAAAAUUGCUCCCUACCAAAAUUAUAUGUUUUAA